AUGUUGGGGGGUGCACUCUCAACUCCAACAACUCAAUGCCUCAAGUCAACAACAACAAUUACAAUGCUUUAUUCAUCUCAUAGAUUGUCCACACAUUUUUGUCUCUUUAAGAAUCUUAUAGCAGGUAAUAGAAGAUUUUCCUCAAAUGAGAGUUGUUUUAUCAGAGGUCACCAAAUUAAUAUCAAGCAAGUUUUUGGGCUUAUCUCUCGUCGAGCUCCAAGAAACAAAGCAGGAUUUGUUGUUUCUCCAAGAUGUGGUCUACCACUGACAGAAGAGAACGUGGAGAGGGUUUUGGAUGAGGUAAGGCCUGGCUUGAUGGCUGAUGGAGGGAAUGUGGCCUUACAUGAGAUAGAUGGUCUUGUUGUUAUCCUCAAACUACAAGGAGCGUGUGGAUCAUGUCCUAGCUCAACCAUGACACUAAAGAUGGGGAUCGAAACUCGCCUUCGCGAUAAGAUUCCGGAAAUCAUGGAAGUCGAGCAAAUACUAGACACCGAGACUGGUCUUGAGUUAACUGAAGAAAAUGUUGAAAGUAUUCUUUCGGAAAUUAGACCGUAUCUUGUUGGCACGGGAGGAGGAACAUUAGAACUUAUUGAGAUAAGUGAUUAUACUGUUAAAGUUCGGUUAAGUGGACCGGCUGCAGGAGUUAUGACAGUUCGCGUUGCCUUGACGCAGAAGCUGAGAGACAAGAUACCUUCUAUCGCAGGUGUGCAGCUAAUAGAAUGA